GCGCGGCCAAUACGCGCGGGCCUUGCUGAAGGGCGAUGCGGGCGGCGGUGUGGAACGCGCGGGCGGCGCUGCUGUACUCGCUGGGCGGAUGGACGUUGCUGGGGGCCAUGCUGCACUACAGCUCCACAAGCACCGACACCGAGCGCGCCGCCAGGCCUGAGAAUGAAGAGGAUCCUCAGGCAAACCAAGGACCCCUCAAGGAAGUAUUCACUAGAGAAACAGUUAUAGGAAAAGUGACAACAAUAAUAACAUACAAGGAAGAACAGCCUCCUAUUACGCGACUGCUUCGGCGUGUGAAAUCGUUCUUUGAUUCCAGUGGCAGCCCUCCUUCUAAAGACUGAGUGGUCCAGAAGCUCAGGACUUUGUGCUGGAACUGGAUUGUCUGAGAAAGUCAUUCUGCCACCAGGCCAUUGCUGGAAAACUUCUUCUUGCACUGCUGGAAUGACAGCUCCAUUGCUGACAGAACUUGGAAACCAUUUCCUCUGCUCACAUCACUGCUGUUCUUUGCGUGUGCGUUCAGAUUGCCAAACACAAAUGGGAUUCAGCUGGGAGACAACAGUGAAUCCAUAUGCUGCCUGGUGUCUUAAUGCUCUGACCCAGUGGCCAUUCCAGCUUUUUUGUGAUGUUGGCUUCCCAGCUGGUGUGCAGGACAUACCUGGGUGAUCCAGGACGUACCCAGAAUGGCUUCUUUAUGGAUCAGCCCUGAAAUCGAUGCUUUAAGACCUAUAAGGAAAUGGGAAGAAAUGUAGUUUAAUCUUUGGGGUAUGAGAGUUGUUAAUUGUGCUUCAAAUAAAAGGUGAAUUGCAAGUACAGAAAUGCUACUGCAAGCUGA